UGUCUAUAUAGAUAUUAUACACUGUACUAAAGUUUGAAAAGAAAAAGCAAAAAAAGUUUUUUCACGAAUUUGAUACAACCAUGCGUAUUUUCAUAAUACACGUGACCAAAAAACUGCGUUCUCAUUGGUUGUUGUCAGUAUAUAAAUUAUUCGUGGGUUUCCGACCAACCUGCACACAAAGUUCGCUCCGAAAUUUCGACUAGUUUGCACAGUUUGCUUCAAGCUUAGAAGGCUACAAUUAUGACUUCAACAACAGCAAAGGUUGCAAAUGCUAUUGAUCUCGCGUCGAAAGCCACCGACUGUGCUAUUGAUAUUUAUACGAAACUACAAAAGAGUUUUAAACUUUCGGACAAAACAAAAAAGCAGUCGGACGAAUGCGAGGGCGAAAUGAAGAAACUAACCUUCAAAAAUUUCGAUGAAAAAUAUUCCUGCAAAAGCGUCAAAGAAAUUCCGAUGGACGAAUUUGAAGCAUUCGUAACCAACCGACUACAGAAGAGACUAAAUUUGCCCGACGGUGUGAAAGAAUCCCUACUCGAUGGAUUCUAUGUCGGUGAAAACGAAGAAAAAGUAAACCAGUUUCAUUUUAAAGACGGCAACGGGGACGUCCACCACGGACGAUUUAUCACUAUGAAAAGAAACGGUAAAAUAGAUUUAGCAUAUGCCAUGUACACCCUCUCCUUUGAACUGGCUGAGAAAGAAAUGGAGCAUGGUUCGUAUGAAUGGUGGUUUUACGUGCUGCCAGUUUGGAAUGUUACCCACACAAAAGAAAUUCAAAAUUUAAGCGAAAGCCAGAAAGAUAUUUUCAGUCAAUGGUGUCAAGUGAAGCUGUACAAUUGUGUCGCUCAGGAAUGCUUAAAAGAAUGAAAUGCGACUCAGUCUGUGAUACAAAUGAUUGAAAUAAAUUUCUACAAUACUAUACUAAUUAGGCGAUUAAUUAAAAAAUAAGAUAAUAUGAAAUGAUAAUAGUAACCAAAUCAAAAUGUCCUCUCGUUUUGUUCAGCUUACAGAGACGACCAAAGUUUUUACUAAACGAAGUUAAUGCGAAUAACCAUCAAAGACAACAAAGGCCACAGCUGGAGUUAGGUUUAACAGUGUUUAUUGACUAUUUCCAAUAAAUGGGAUUACUAAAAGCUUGUAUAAAUACUGUUUUCCUUACAAGUACAACUAUUUUUAUUAUGGGAUUUAUCAUACAACUGUUUCAAAAAUUAUAGUAUUGUUUCUUGGCCAGUUUUGUUGGUAUAUGCUAAAAUCAUUAUUAACCUCAGUUUCGGUGAAGAGUGCAUGAAUAUCCUUACACCGUUCACUUGCACAAUGCACGGCUGCACUUCCGUAAACUGAUUAAGCAAAAAAAAAUAUGUGGGUUUCCUAUUUCUUCUUGUAAAAACUUAGGUAGGGUAGAUCGGUUUUAACUUUUCUUUUAAACUUUUUUUUAAUUUUCCUAACAACCGGACGCCAUUUUGUUUAGUCAGUGCUUCCACAUCCAAAAAUAUAUUUCCCUAAAAUUGCUUCAAAUUUCCAUUUUCCACAAACAUUUUCCUCUACGUGGAAACACUUACAAGCAUGAUCGAAGUUUAGGGUCGGGAUUACGGCGUCCAAAAGCUAGGUAGGGUCGGGAAAACGGAAACCCAGAUAUUUCUUUUUUCCUUAAUAAAUAAAUAAAUUAAAUUAUUUCUAAAUUCCAGUGUUCUGCUUAUAUUUUAGACAACUUUGACUGGCGGGGGAGACGAUUGAUGUGUCAGCAACAACACUGUUGAUUUGCGGUGGUCACACCAAUAUGGUUUACUCCUAGUUUAUAUAUCAAUGUCCGAUGCUACGCGGGAUCAUGUAUAUACAGCCAAUUAAAUACUAUAGUAACAGUAAGUCAGCUUGUUAAUAAGUUUGUUCAGCUUUUCUCCCCACUCCAUCCUGUAGCUUGGUUAUAGGUGGGAGGUGGCUCGUUCGGGUUAGGGUACAGCCCAUAUCCUGAAGGCUGGCCGGUCGGUGGGUAUGGUGCGGUUGCUGGAGGCACCCCGUAUCCAGAAGGCAUGCCUUGCGGCACACCAACACCAUACGGUGGGGACGAGACGCUGAACCCGUACGAUGGGGCGGUGGGUUGCUGGGUCGUGUUGGGUUCAUAUAUAAACCACAAACUGUGAACAUCUAUCGGGUAAUCAGGGCCUUUAUCUUGGUGAAUAUACUUGGCAGAAACAUCACCGGCUAUCAGCACUCUCCAACCUUGUCCGGCAAAAGCCUCGAUGAUAUUACAAAGAAAGCUUCGGAUAUGAUAAGCAUCGUUAUUCAACCCUCCAUUCCAAGGCCAGCCUUUCAGCUUGAUUUGACGGACACUGCCGAAACUUAGAUUCAUGACUUUUUCCUCCUGGAUUCCCUUCGGCCAUCGACUAAGGAGAAUUUGUUUGAAGAGGUCAACCAGCUGGGUAGGCAUGUUAAUUAGACGCAAUUUGUCAGCAUCAGUUAAGCUAAGGCACAUGAUUGGACAACGUUUCGGUUCACGUUGUUGGAAAAUGAGAACGGAUUUGUCUGUCGCGCGUCGUGAGAUAUCAAUUGCUGCAAUAUUGUGCCACCCUUGCUCUAACAUUGCUUCGAGAAUCUUUAGUAUCAAAUAUCUACAAAAACACGCAAAUUGCAACAAAAAUAUCAAUAUUAACACUAUACAUCAUUCUCCUUUAGGUUCGGUUAAACUAUGAGGAGUUAACAAGUGUGUCGCUUGUGGAUAAUGAGUGCCUGGGUCAUCCAGGAGCUUCCACUUCCAACGCCAGCUCCCAAACAAACAUACCACUCACUCUCAUGGCUUGCAGUGAUGGUUGCCCAAUACUGUCGCAUGCAUACCGAUCGUUCGUUUCGUGAAAUUUUGGGCACGGAUGGAAGACUUGUAU